ACAGCCUUACCAACGAAGCUUAUUUUCCUAUUCCUACUACGGUUAUCCAAUUUUAAGAUGUACUUGCGCCCAUCAUCCCAAUUUUUAGUUCCCGCCACCUGCGAGCCCACCAUUACCCACGAUGACCUUGGCUGAUGUCGAUUAAUACGGUCAUUUUUUGGAGGUCAGGCAGUUCACGUUUUUUCCGCGUUUGUGCCUCUGUUGCUGGCUCCUUUGCUCCUAGCAGACUCCCCGGUCUAUCACGACCCACGUACGUCCCGGACACGGAAGCCCUCGGAAUUCUCGAUCGGACGCAUUCUAUAGCGUUUUUUAGGUCAUCAACAAACUUCACUGCAUGGUCUCUGUGGGUGCAUGUCUUCUGGAGUCGUCCUGUGCAUUGUUCCUGCUUCAACGUCCCAGUUCUGAAAGAAUUGUCAGCAGUUGGUGAUGACUUGUGUUCCUAUCCUCAACAGAGGCAAGCGGUACAGAUUCGAGGCUGUUGUUAAGCUUCACAGCCUUGUUUCUGUGCCCUACGUGAACGCGGUUACUUUUGCCAAACUUCGGCUGUUAAACACGCGGAAUUCUAGCCAGUAUUCUCCCAGAUCCGAAGUUUGUAAUCACACUGUAACAUGGAACUCUGAGCACCGAUUUAUUUGUAAAUUCCACGGACGUAUGGAUACCACAACUCUGGAGCCGCAUAUAUUGAAAAUCUCCAUCCGUAUGGAGACCAAAGGCGGCAAAUCAUUCCGCAAAGUCGGUUACGUCAGCGUGGACCUGGCUUGCUUCACUGGAUUGGGCAACGUUACUUCCAGACGCCGGUACAUUCUGCAGGGUUAUGAUGAGAAGCACAAGCGUUUGGACAAUUCUCUUCUAAUUGUCUCGUUUUCCAUGCGUCAGUUACUCGGUGACACGUGUUUUCGACCCCCAGCAGAGAACCUGAGCAAUUGUCUGCUUCAUCCUCCUGAUUCUGACGAACCGGACACUUCGAAUUUUACGGACCACAAUGUCCCUAUAAUCAAGCCCCCUCUUCCAAUGGUCGAUUCCACUACAUGUAGUUCGCUUCUGCUGCCACGAAUGGCUACGCAUCCGCGUUCACCGUCGAUUGAUCGGAUCAUUGAGUCAAUUCACUCGGCAUCGACCGAUGCAUACGCUCAUCCAUCCUCUCGGCCGAGUUCGGCUGUGUCCUUGGGUUUGAACGCCUGCUCACCCACACCCGCCGUCAAUACUCUUGGCAACUCAACAUUUCUACACCCGGAUACCGACCGAAUACAGUCGCUAUUAAAACCGAAGCAAAGCGGUGUUUUAACUCCGAACCAGUUGGCUUCCCUACUCUCCGAUAUGCUGCAAGCUCCGACCGAAUCCGCCGCACCGUAUUCAUCAGCGCGCAACCUCAGCGGUUCCGAGUUACUGAAUCACGCGCAUGCAUCGAGUGGCCACUCCACACUGUGUCCAGCCACGCACACCCCACUGUGUCCGGUGUCUAUACCCUCGCAGUAUCACGGCUCUUCCCUAUCCAUUCCCGCCCGACUCGAUCUCGGCGCAUCAAACCAACAUGUUGGGCCUGUCGCUGGCUCCCAGCCCUUGUUAAUCCCGCCGUCCGAUUCGACCUCUGUCUCGUCCACACCCGGUUCCACUCCCUUAGACAGCACGUUGGUGAAUUCGCAACACUCAGACACCCCGUCCAGAUUUCCACAGGACACUUUCUCCCUUCCUGCUGAUCUUCUCGGAGAUGAUGAACUACCUCACUCCCCUUGUACCGUGCUGGCUGAUCGUGUGGAAAUCGAACUUCCCAAUCCUGCCUCUCUUGACACGUUCGAUAAUUCCUUGUGCCACUCCCUUCCUCUUCCCGCACACUAUUCCGCCCGGCGCCGUCGCGAAAUCCCACGUCCUGGUGUACGUCCACCUAACCCGGACUAUUUUGCCACUGAUAGCGGGUUGUUACUACCGUCACGACGGCGGAAGCUUCGCCCGGUGGCAGAUUACAUUUUCUCCCCUUCCCACGUACGCAUGCCAUUUGGAGCUGCUGGAAACUCAGAGAUGUCCAGCGCGUAUGCCUCCAACCCCGAUGUGAUACCAGAACUGCAGGCGGAGCAGGAUCCCAUGAGCACCAAUCAACCAAACGGCGCGUCGCUCAUUAGCUGCGUGUCCACUGCCGGGGACGGUCACUCUUCCGGCUACCAGUCACAUUCACGCCAGUCUAGUUUGGAGUCCCAGGCAAUGGCUAUUCAUUGUGCCCCUUCAACAGCAACCCACGGUUUGUCCAGCUUAACGAUACCAGCUUCGGAUUCAAAACCAGACAUUUUGCUGACAGAAGCCUCUCCCCCCAGCUAGUCUUGGGACGCACACGUUCACACGCCCGGCAGAUUUGAUUACGUGCGCCCUUCAGGUACUGUGGGAACUCACUACGACAGGCGCUCGUUUUCAAAACCGAUUGUUUCAGCUGCCACACCGGACCAACAUGUGCUCACUUUCCCAACGUGAGCGUGAUCAAUCACUAGUCUUUCUCGUCCCACACAUUCUUCUUUCCAUAAUCAUCGCGUCAUUGGGACUUGCUCGUUUCGAUGCCUUUUUUACCUCACCUUGCUGCGACUUGAUUGCAACUCCGUCUCCUUUACGUUCCCGUUCGCAAUUUGUAUCUUUCUGAUAGAUUUAACGUACUCGACCUCGUGAUCCCUCUUCAGCUCUGCGAUACACGUCGUAUUUUCCACACUUGUGCUUUAGCUUCCCUCCCCCCCCCCACUUGAUGUGGUACUGAAAGUCGGUGUACUGUGGAAUCCGUACAAGAUGACGACUUUUUCGGAGCUAUAUUUCCACUGAGUUAUACAGCAUUUUCCCCAUCCUCCUUUCCACCUCUCUUCUCAAUCCGAUUAGCGGUGAUCUCUGUAUUUGUACUUACAUAUUGAGUUGUUCUGUCUUUUUUUCCAAAAGUAGUAGAUAUUACAUUUUUGGACCCUUCUUUAUUACGCCAUGCGCCUCCUACAGCUUUUUACAGCUCCUCGUCGCUUAGUGCAUACGUUUGAAUCACUUGGACAUUGUGUAGGAGGACUUUUGGUGAUACUUCACAUGUUCAUCCCUG